AUGCUCGCGACGGGCACGCCGGCUUUCAACCCCUUCCUCACCUGCGUCAUUCCCAGAGCCUACUGCGACUCGACACUCAUGCACAGCAUACUGGCAACAAGUGCGGCUCACUUGUCGUACAAGCUCGGCGACGGCGGGAAUCCCGUGAUUGUCGAGGCAGCUAUGCGUAAGCACUAUCUUGAGGUGGUUAGGGACUUGCAACAUGACAUUGCGUCGUGUCAUUUACGGGACGGACGAUGCAUCUCCCAGCUGUUGCUUAUACUUGCUUUCCUUUGCCAUUACGAGGUAUUAGCAUGUUCGCCAUCAGCAGCCUUCUCCAUGCACUUGCGGGCCCUGGGCCGACUCUUCUUGAAUCUACACAAUGACAAACAAGCUUCGGGGCUCCUGGAAACGGAUGAAACACUAGAGCUAGCCCUCGAGGUAUACCUAUACCUGACGCUCAGCAACAGUAUUCUCCCCCCUCUCGUCUUCGACCCAGCAACCAUGUACUCGGACGAGAUGAUGCGUCUUUACCGCACACUAGACCAGUACACAUACACCCCGGGAACCAUUUUUGCCGGGUGCCGCUCCCUCUUCGAACUAAUCCCGGAAGCCAAAGCGCUGCACACGUGGCGCUCCGCGGAACAAGCCGCCGGUGUCGUGGAUCCAAGCCCAGAAUUCAUCGAGGCACUUGAACAUCUCACAUUGCAGAUAAACGCAUGGCACCUAGAUCAACAAGGCUAUACCGGAAACGCCAAGUUGCUCAACCGCUACCUGGACAAGGUGCAGCAAACCCAGCAAUCGAUGGCGGCGGAAUGCAUGCGUCACGCCCUCCAUAUCUACACAAUGUCUUCUGUCGCAGGAUCAGCCGCCGCGUCGGCUGCCUUGCGAGAAUCAACCCAGUAUCACGUAGAUGUCAUCUUUUGGCUUUCGUGGCAACUUGAAGACUCGCCUGCAUCGUCAAACACUCUGUGGGCAACUGUAAUUAUGGGCACGUGUCUCGAGGAUGAGGAGAGACGGACAGUUUUGGCCGAGGGGCUAAGGAAUUCGCGGCUCAAGAUGAGGCACUUGUCGUUGGUGAGGAUGGCGCUGGAGAAGUUGUGGAGCGAUGAGGAUGAGAGGGCUUGGGGGCCGCAGGGGUUGGAGUUUGUGAUGAUGAAGAAUGGGAUGGAGAUGUUUAUCCUAUGA